AUGGCCUCCAAAGACCCCUCACCCCUCAAAGAUCUCAUAACAGCAAACCACAUCCUCCACCACCACGGCGUCGUCGACGCCUACGGCCACAUCUCCCUGCGCAACCCCGACAACCCCCACACGUUCUUCCUCUCGCACAACGUCGCCCCCGCCCUCGUCUCCUCCCCCUCCGACAUACUCGAAUACAGCAUCGAAGACGCCUCCCCCGUGAACAAAGACGCCGCGGCGGGGUACAAGGAACGGUGCAUCCACAGCGAGAUCCUGAAGAAGUACCCCGGCGUCAACAGCGUCGUGCACUCGCACUCCGAAGCCGUCCUCCCCUACAGCAUCAGCGGGGUGGAGAUGAAGCCCUGUUUCCACAUGGCCGGGUUCCUGGGAACCCGCGUCCCGGUCUUCGACGUCGCAACCCACUACACGCGCACCUCGACCCACGACCUCCUCAUCACGACCACCCACCUCGGCGCCGCCCUCGCCGCCGCGUUCUCCGACCCCGACGGCUACGUCGCGCGCGUCGGCGCCCUCGCCUCCAGCUUCCUCUCCAAAGACGGCGGCGACGCGGAGCCGCGGCCCGACCACACCGUCGUGCUCAUGCGCGGGCACGGCUUCACCGCCGUGGGGUCCGACGUGCGGGAAGCGGUGUUCCGCGCCGUGUACACGCAGCAGAACGCGGGCGUGCAGACGACGGCGAUGGUGUUGAGGAAUGCGCAGAUGGGGGCGGUGGAGAGGGGCAAGGGGAGGGAGGAGAGGGAGAAGGGGGUGCGGGAUGAGGGGGUUCGCUGGCUGGGGGAUGGGGAGUUGGGGGAUUGUAGGCAGAUGGGGCAGGAUACUAUGGGUAGGCCCUGGGGUUUGUGGGUUAGGGAGGUCGAGGCGAAUGGGUUUUAUGUUAAUGAGGCGUAG